AUGGACUUAGGUAAAUGUUGCGCUGUCGUAGCAUUUCUUGCCGCGCUUUAUUUCCCUUCAAUUACUCAACAAAAACCGGCUCGAAUCCUCAUCAAACACAACAAAACAGAAGAUAUCUUCGAGUUGAACAAAGCUGUUCUGGAGGAACUGUGGCAGUUGCAACGACCGAUUCGCGUCAUAGCUGUUGUGGGAGAUGCUAGAAUUGGAAAAUCUACCACUCUCAACGUAAUAAGUCACAUAUGGUCCGAAGUCAAUCACAGCCAUGUCGCAGAAAUCUUCAAAACAGGCGAUACACUGAAAGCUGUCACGCGUGACGUGUGGUGCAACAUCAUACAUCCACAAGACAAGGAAGGAGGAAGCGUUGUGCUACUUGACGUUGAAGGCACAAAUUUGGGCGAUGACGCCGUUACAACUCAUUUGAGCAUGUUUACAGCCUUGGUUUCCUCUGGCCUGAACGUUUUUGUCCGCGAGGUGUUUCAAAACAACAAUCUACACUUUUUGUUCCACAUGUCACGCUUGAGUGACGAGAUUUCCCCUAACAUUACUAUCGAAAACUUUCCCAAACUUCAGGUGGUUAUUAGAGGUGCACUGGGUGAUCCUGACGGGGGCAAAACGAUCGAAGAUUACACAAAGGAUUGCAUCGUGGAACCUUCCUUCCAGGAGAGCAUGAAAGAAGAGAGAAAAGCCAUCGCAAAGCACUUCCCGAGGAACCAAAUUACAGUAAGUCAGAUUCCGCAAGUGGAACGUGAUCUUUUCAAAGAUUUCAAUAAAUUACGGAAGAGUGACUACUGGCAAGAAAUGAAGCGACUGGUUGAAAAACUCAAAACGUUUCCCAUCAAAAAGACCUUAGGAGGAAAUCUUAUGGACGGACAAGGAUUAGUAGAAUUGGCCAUUCAUCUUAAUGAUACGAUGAAUGCGGACUCGUGGCUGGACUUUGCGAAUGAUUAUGUUGCGUUGGAGAAACAGGAGAAAAAUAUCUGUAAGAGAAGCCGCGUGAAAAUAAGGGAGCCACUUUUUGCAUUGCCAACAGCAGACGAAAUCAGUAGAAGCAAGAAUAGAAGACGCUUUAAGGAACUUUUCAAUGGAUUGUGA